GAAUGAAGACCACUAUUUUGUUGUCGAUGAAGAUAUUUUAUAUUUCACUAUGAUUAUGGUUGACAUGAGGUGUUUGGAGGUUAUUUAAUGAAGAAAAUUAAAUUUGCACUUCCAAAUAGUGUAUAAAAUAUACAGUUUUAAAAUUUAUAAUUUUUGUGGUGUUACUUAAGGUAUCUUAUGAAGCGUACCUUCUUAAAAAUUAUUUGAACUAGAACAUCAGAUGGAAAUGUCUCAAGUUGAAUCAAUGCCAAAUCUUCAGGAAAAAAACAUAAAGAAAAAUAUUUUACCGAAAAAAUUGAACUUUAAAUGCACAGUAGAGAAUUGUGGUGCAGCAUAUAGAAAAAAAUGGUUAUUAGAAGAUCAUGUUAGAAAGCACUUUAAAGAGAGGCCAUUUGCUUGCACUAUCGUAGAAUGUACAAAAACGUUCACGAAAGAGCCUCAUUUGAGACGACACAUUGCUAUGGUACAUGAAAAAGUUUGUGAACUACUAUGUGAUGUCCCAGACUGCGGAAAAAUAUUUAAUAAUAAAUAUAGUUUAAAAAAACAUAAAAACAAAAUACACACACAAGUUGAAUUCCCUUUCAUAUGUAAUAAUUGUCAGAAAGGAUUCAAUAAAAAAUGGAAACUCAAUCAGCACAUGUACGAACAUACAGGAGAACCGCCUUUUAAAUGUAGCAAAUGUAACCUUGGUUUUUUGUUGCUGCGAGAUUUGACUAAACACACGAGAAAUCACAAAAGUUAUACAUGCAAUUGUGGAGUAAUCUUUGAAAAAUGGUCCCUCCUAAGACGUCACAAAAAAAAUAAUUGCGAAUAUAUAGUAAAGAAUUGCAAGAAAUGUGGAACGACUUUCACCACAAAACAUGGUUUAAGGGAUCAUUAUAAAAAGUGUGAGAAAAGUGAAAGCGAAAAAGAAACUUUCCGUUGUCCUUAUUUAAAUUGUACUAGGACUUAUCUGUAUAAACGAAAUCUGAACUGGCAUAUAAACCAGUUUCACGAAAAGGACGAAAAUGAAGAAAAAACUUUCGAAUGCGUCGAAAAAGGAUGCGGAAAAGUUUUUUCUAACAAGUAUUAUUUGAGUCGUCACAUUAAGUUGCAUCUUAAAGUUAUUGAAGCGUGUAAACCCAGGGCUCCGAGGAAAGAUAAAGGAUUGAAAAGAAAUUUGAUGGCCCCCAUAUUAUCCGGGGCUAUAUUGAAUCAGAAAGAAAUGAUUACGAACGAUGAUAAUACGAAGAUAAUUGAAGUAAAAUAGCUCGAAAACACAUUUUUUUAAAUAAAGAUGAACAAAAUUUA